GUGUCACCUCACCUGCCUUAGCUUUACCUCAUUACACAAUCACCGUUUAUGUUUUCACCUGUUCCUCAUUAGCUCCUGGCCUAUAGCCCAUAAAUAACUCAUCCUUGCCCUCUGUUUCUUGCUGGCCUGUUGAUGCUAGCGUAUUGACGACAAUGCUCGUUCCGAUCUCUCUAUUUACGAUCAGGCACUGAUGACACCUCUGCCUUCGUCUCCUCACUUGUGUUUCUCAUUCCACUCACCUGUGUUCCUUGUUCCUGCCUGUUUGCUGCUGAAGAUGCCCGUGCACUGUCAACGUAUUGAGAUCCAGAAACUGCAGCAAGGAGAUAAUCUGAUCCUGGGCUUCAGCAUUGGAGGAGGAAUAGACCAGGACCCUGGGCAGAACCCCUUCUCUGAGGACAAGACUGACAAAGGCAUCUAUGUGACCAGGAUAACACCAGGAGGACCAGCAGAUGUGGCAGGCUUGAUGAUGGGAGACAAAAUAAUGCAGGUGAAUGGCUGGGACAUGACCAUGGUGACCCACGACCGGGCCCGUAAAAGACUAACGAAGAAGAACGAGGGUGUGGUGAGACUGCUGGUAACCAGGAAGUCGCUGGAGGAAGUAGUCAAACAGUCUAUGAACAAAUACCCCAGACAGUAACGUAGUGGCUUAGGGCUGAAUACUCUUCUAUGGUGAGAUUCCCACAAAUUCAGAUGAUGGUUGCACUGUGGCCUUUAUAAUCACAUCAAUGCAAAAAAGUCAAACAAAGACCACAUCAGACUAAUGUGUAGGUGACAUGCAGUAUAUGGUGCCUGCGUGUGGACACCUCAGUGCCAAAAAGCAGUCCAAUACUUUUUCAGCUCUACAGGACUCAAAUACAUUUAAUCUGAAUCUGUUCUCCAAUUAAAAGAAUACAGCGAUUUGUUUUUAGUAACACAUUUUGAAAACCACUUUGACAAAUUUUGAGAAAUAAUAUCAUUUUCAAAUAGUGUUGUUUGAAAGGUACUGUUUAGGGUUAUGAAAUAUGAACAAUUUAUGCAGAUUUUUACAACAGUUACUGUAAUUAUUACUUUUAUUAUUGAACAACUGUGAAAAAUUAGUUUUUGGAGGAUCAACAAAUCAUAAAAUUGAGUAAACAGACCAUUCCUGAUUUAUUGCCACCUUCAUCUUUACCAGAUAUCCUCAGUCUGUGAUAGGUGGCAAGUGUUCUUUGCAAGCAAUCCCAGUCUUUCCUAAUGCAGGCUGUGGGACAUCUUUGUCUAAAACCUGACCCAUGAUCCUCUUUGCCUACAGCUGUCCAAAGGUAGUUUUGAUGGACUGUAAAAAUCAAGAAUGUUCCAUGCUGCAGAUUGCCAUUAAUGAUCAGAGUUUCAUCUCAUUUAAAUAAAUAACUUUUUUUUGUCAUUCCUGUCCAUAUUAUAGCAUCAGAUGCCAAAGUAAAAGCCACGACACUGUAAAGUGAUCAGAUGGUACAGUAUUCCAUGCAAACUCCUUACAACAGUGUAUAUUUAGUUUUUAGCAUACGAAUGUCUUUCCACAAAUAAUUCUUUCACGGUAGCAUCUUUUUGUUGUAUUUAUCUUGUGUUUUGUUGAUGUUUAUUACAUGUGUGGAGAAAAUAACAGUUCAAAAUGCAUCUCCUUCUGACAAAUUGUCUUAUUCAAUAUUCCACAAACCGGACCUAUUUUUGGAUAACGCCUGUCAUAUAAUUUUCAAUAGAGUCACCUUUAUCAGGUUUAACAAGAGAAAGUUGGUUAUUUGCUGUUUUGUUGCAAGCAAACCCACACGUUUUACACUGGAACUGAUGACAUUCAGAUUGUCUCAAACGGUAAAAUGUUUUGAAGUUGUUCUUAGUCCCAGACCAAACUGCCAACCUGAAUGCAGCACAAGUGAAAGUUGGAAUGUGCACAGCAGCCUUACAUGGAUGCUUUAGUGCCACUAUGUUUAAUGGUUGCUUCUUGUUGCUUUUUCUCUUUUGACAUUCCUCAGUGGUUUCUGCAACAUCACAAUGAUUUACUGACUCUGAUAUACUGCAUGCGAUGUAACAUCACAGAUGAAUGAUUUAGCAUUAAUCAAUAAUAUUUUGGCUUUUUGAAAUGGUACUGUGCGGACAUCGGUAUUACAGUACCAAUCUUAUAUCUUUGGGUGAUCUCAUCGGCUAUUUAUUCUGUGCUAGUGGUAUAAAAUAACACAUUUUGUAAUAGAACCAUUUGAUUUAUAUAAUAUUAAAAACCUUGUCUAAUUAUGAAGUUGGUAAGAUUUAAGGUUUCAUUCUGAAAUUAGACCAUAUUAAAUUGAUGCAUCCAGUUUAACACUAGCAGUACACCAUUUUCAAAUGAAAAGAAUCAAAUUAUGACCUUGGUGUUUAUUUAGAUUAUCAUGCUGAAUAGUUCCAAACAUUUGGAGUGCGCCAUAGAGUUACAUUGACUUGGCUGCUAUCUUCUAAAGUAAGAUGUUGAAACCACUAGCAAUAAUUAUACUUGACAUUUUAAGUUAGUGAUGUGUCAAAACACAUUUUACAACCUUUUGACUCUGAAAUAUUGUGUCACUUUAACAGAUUAGGUACCUAUCUAACUAGCUAAAUUAGCUGAAGUAUCUACAACAACAGGACACAGAACUAGUUUGUAUGGCUGUACAAGUCAUUACAGUCAGUCAUUUGCUGAUAAAUCCUGCUGUUCCCUACAGAAUAGUGUCUGGAACUAUUUGAAGCUAAAUGAAUCGUUUGACCUCUUUGUGACACAACUCUUCUAUCUUAAGGGCUCUGCUCUAACUGGUUCAUUUAAAGGAUUUUAAAGGUCUAACAAGGUAAAAGUGUCUCAUAUUUUACAGAAAAAAGCAAAAGUAAUAUUGUGUAACAGAAAUAUGUAGUUUUUCUUUUAUCAUCUCGGGACCCAUAAGAGUUCCCAACUUAGGGGUCUACAGUGGUACAUUUAGAAAUGAGUGCAAUGCAAGACAAAUCAUGCACUGUAUUUUCUAUUUGAAUUCAUUUCUGUCCUGAUUUUGUGAACUGCCAGCAGAGUACAAGGUUUUGUAUUUGAUUGUGUACACUUUAUAACAUGAACAUUUCUUAGAUAUAAAAAGUCUGAAAACAA